AAAACAUUUUACUUCUAAACCGCUCUUGAUGGCGAGGUUGGAAAAACACUUCAAUCGGUUUUGAAUGAUUGAAGUCUAAUUGAAAAAAAUGAUGCCUUCUUAAAUAAAUUAAAGUAAAAUCCCUCUCUUACAAAAGAGAAGAAGUUUGUUUGGGUCCUCAUUAUUCCUUUUAAUUUUUAAAUAUAGUAAAAUAAUCUAAAAUAUUAGUUAAAAAAAGCUCUUAAACAAAGUCGGUCUGAUUAUUUAAAAAUGUAAAUAGGAAAACAAUAAUGUCAUCUAUUAAAAGAAAAAGAAAGUACAAGGAGAUGAAAAACGUUAACAAAGUAACAAUGCACAAUGUAAUCUGAUUUUUAAAAUGUAACUCGGUCAGUCGGUUUUUCAUGAACGCGUCUCUCGAGGAGACACAUUCCAAACUUUAUUUUCUUAAUUUUGCCUUCAAAGAGGCGUCUACGCAAUUAUUCCCCAUCCGAAUCGAAGCCAUAGGGUUUAAGGUCGUUAAUAUGGCUUUUCUCAGUAAAGUUGGAAAAAUAUUUAGUCAGUGUUCUGCAUCAGGAAUCGGUUCACGUUUGCAACCUUCCAAGCUGUCUAUCUUUCGAACUCUUAGAUUCAUGUCGGGUUCUAAAGUUUUUGUUGGAGGCCUCUCAUACAACUCCGAUGAUCUAACUCUGAGGGUAGCGUUCAGCCAGUAUGGGGAAGUAGUUGAAGCGAAAGCGAUAAUGGAUCGUGAGUCUGGUAGAUGCAAAGGUUACGGGUUUGUCACUUUCAGUGCCAAUGCAGAAGCUUCUAGUGCUAUUCAAGCUUUGAAUGGAAAGGAUCUCAAUGGUCGUCGCAUUAGAUGCGACUUCGCAACUGAAAGGGCUGGCCGCCGUGGCGGCUAUGGCGGCGGCGGCGGUUAUGGUGGUGGGGACAAAAACUGAUGAAUUUGCAAAUAGGUCUUGAAAGGAAUUGCCUUAUCCGAUUUUUCAACAAAUGGCUUUUUGAGUGUAAUGUCUUAUGCCUCCUUGCACCGCCGAACCCUGAUGAUUUUGACUAUUUUCUUGGUAAACUAAAAUAGUCGUACCAUCUUGUAAACACUAUUUCAUAACUACUUUGGAAACAAUAUUUCAUAACUCUCAAUUUGGUAUGGUAUUUACUAUUUGGUAUCGUUUUUAUUA